AUGUCGGCCUACAUGCCCACUGGCAACCCUGGUAGUGGGAACGAUAACAAUGAUUCAUCGGGCGGGAGUCCUAAUACGGCGAUGAUCAUUCUAUAUAGUAUCACCGGAAUCAUCACCGUCCUCUUCCUCGCCAUCAUCAUUACCGGUGCCAUCCGCGCUCAUCGUCAUCCCGAACGCUAUGGUCCCCGGUACGCCACCGGACGAAGGAGUCGUCAAAGUCGCGCACGAGGUAUAGCCAGGGCGAUGUUGGAAACCAUACCUAUUGUCAAAUUCGGCGAUGAACCCGAAGGCAAACCCGAUCCCGCCAAAGGUGACGUGGAGAUGGGAAUUCCGGAGUCUGGAGUAGAAACCCCUGCCGAUGAGCAACGCAAGGAGACAACCCCGGCUCGUGACACCGUCCAACCUGCGUCACCUGACGAAGUUCCGCCAAAAGAUGAGAAACGAUCGAGUGCAACGCCGUCCACCCCUGACGCCGGUAACUUUUCGUGCCCGAUCUGUACGGAUGACUUUGUCAAGGGACAGGAUUUGCGGGUUCUUCCUUGCAACCACAAGUUCCAUCCCGAGUGUAUCGAUCCAUGGUUGGUGAAUGUGUCUGGGACUUGUCCACUGUGUCGCAUUGAUCUCAACCCUCCCCAAGAAGAACAACAGGAGGAAGAGCAAGGCACCGACAGUCACCCUCAAACCCGCGAUCCAACACCGGAACGGCAAACCCGUCAACGACGUCUCACCGGCUAUUUCUCCAGCACGUUGAACGCGCGUCGCAUGCGAGAGGCCACGGUCGAGGAACGACUAGCAGCCCUUCGGACCGUACGGGAAGAAGCCAGGACCAGCGGGGAAGUUGAUGACGCCGAUGAGCAAAGACAACGGAACCGGCUAUCCACCCGCCUGCGCGAGCGCUUCCGGAUAAGGACUCGCACGCACGGUGACCCACAGCCCGACCCUCCCCAGUGA